CUUUUUCGCACUCUCUUUUUCCGCUUCUUCGUGGCCUUCUCUCCGUUCUCUUCUCUGUUGCAGUCACUUGAGCUGUUCUUAGCGGCUCAUGUCAUCUCCUCUCCUCCAUCCUGCUUGCUUCUCUUCAUUAUCUCACCCCUACUUUCCUCACAGCGCCGCCGGCUCCUCAGUCGCGCUUCUUUCCCAGGUCGGAUACCGCCAUGCGUCGUUUCUGUUCGUCCAGUGCAGGAGUAAGCGUUGGGGAUAUGAUUCCAAAUGCGCUAGAUGUAUGAUAUCUAUCCCCAGACAAGCAAAGACCAAAGACUCUGACUCUACUAGCCUUGAAGCAUUGAUCAGGGAACCACAUAAGUAUUUCGAUCAUGUUAACAUUACUGUUCGUUCUGGAGAUGGUGGCCAUGGUGCAGUGCUUAGCAUGCCAGCACAGAGAACCAAUUCCAAAUUACAAGGAAAGCAUGAACAAGAUAAAAGAAAGAAAGGCUCAUUUAAAAGGGAUUCAAAUGGAUCACUAAUCGUACCAAUGGGUGGGCAUGGUGGGGAUGUAUUCCUGUAUGCAGAUGAAAGCACAGAAACACUUUUGGAAUUUCACAAGAAGAAGAGAUAUAGUGCAAAGCGAGGAGGAAAUGUUGACGCCAUGGGCAUGUUAACUUCGCUGUUACACGAUGGAUUUGUGGCACCAUCUUUGAGAAUUCCUGUUCCUGUAGGUACAGUUGUGAAACGUAAAAAAGGGAAAUUUAUGGCUGAUUUGGCAUGCCCAGGUGAUGAGAUUCUUGUUGCAAGGGGUGGACAAGGAGGGAUUAGCUUGUUGGAGAUUCCUGAACAGAGAAGGAAAAGAUUAACAACAUUACCUACAAAUGUUAUGAGAGAUGAAAAUGACAAGGUUCUUGUUCUUGGCCAGCCUGGAGAGGAAGUGAGCUUAGAACUGAUACUUAGAGUGGUUGCUGAUGUAGGUCUUGUGGGGCUUCCAAAUGCUGGGAAAUCAACUCUGUUGGCUGCAAUCACACUUGCAAAACCUGGCAUUGCUGACUAUCCUUUCACAACACUCAUGCCAAAUCUUGGUCAUCUCGAUGGAGACCCUCUGUUAGGGGCAUCAAGUUAUACAUCUGGAGCCACCUUAGCAGAUAUGCCAGGCCUUAUUGAAGGUGCUCAUUUAGGGAAGGGUCUUGGUCGCAACUUCUUGAGGCACCUGAGGCGAACUAGGCUUUUGGUUCAUGUUGUUGAUGCAGCAGCUGAAAAUCCCGUGAAUGAUUAUAUGACCGUGAAGGAGGAACUGCGGAUGUACAACCCUGAAUACCUGGAGCGGCCUUAUGUAGUGGUUUUAAACAAGAUUGACCUUCCUGAGGCUCGGGAUAGGCUGCCUUUGAUUGCCCAAGAAAUAAGGACAAUCGGCCGUGUGGAAACCCCUAAAGUGGAAUCGGAUAAAUCUCUACCUAACAUAAUUGGCGAUGGGAAUUUGUUGGCUUCGUUAUCUAUGAGGGAAGCAAAGGAAAAGGACAUUCAGGACUAUCCAGGACCUCUUGCCGUUGUUGGUGCUAGUGUAUUAAAACGAAUUGGUGUUGAUGAUUUCCUUAAAGAGAUUCGAGCAGCCCUGAGGAAAUGCCAGCAUCUUGACAGUACAAAAGCCGCAGCUAAUAGUAGUGAUUCUAAAUAAGGCAGUGAAAC